AUGUCAGCUCAAAAAGAGUCAUCUAAGCUCGAGGUAGCGAUCGCUGGCGGUGGCAUCGCAGGCCUCAUCACAGCAAUCGCACUUCUCAAACACCCAAACGUCAACGUCCAAGUCUACGAGCGAGCGCCAGAGUUUAAGGAAAUCGGCGCGAGUAUAGCUCUGGGUCCCAAUGGCCUCAGAACUCUUGAUCGGCUUGGUGUCGAGAAUGCCCUGGCUGAAGGCUUCGCUCAACGUCAAAAGUCUGGCCAUCAUAUGAUAUACCGGCACUGGAAGACUGGAGAGGUCAUCGAUUACGAUGUUCACAGCACAGUAAAGAGCAAGAGACAUGCGACUGCGCGGUUCCAUCGCGCUCAUCUUCAUCAGGCGCUGUUAGAGAACUUACCGGAAGGUAUUGUUCAUUUGGGGAAGACUACUGUUGAUGUGAAGGCGGAUCCUGAUGAGGGAGCGACGCUUUACUUUGAGGAUGGUACGACGGCGACAGCUGAUAUUGUCAUUGGGGCUGAUGGUUUACGAUCCAAAGUCCGCAAGACGUUCGUACCGGAACAUGAACUGCAUUGGACAGGUUGGGUCGCUUUCCGCGCUGUCUUUGAUGCCGAAAGAUUGAAGGACCUUGAGUAUCCUAAGGACGCAGCCCAUUGGGCUGGCCACGAGACAACAUUCUUCCAUUCGCACCUAGGCAAAGGUCUGUUUACCAUAGUCGGCGGAUAUCACGCAGAUCCUCAAGACCCCAAAUCACCGGGUAAAGACGCAAAGUGGGAUGAAGAUGGCAGUGUUGAGGAAUUUAAGAGAUUAUACCAACAUUGGAACCCAACAAUCCGGGCAUUCAUAGACGCAACCCCCUACGUCAAACUCUUCCCCAACUACGCCGGCGCAGCUCUCGAUACGUGGUUCUUCUCCAACCGUGUAGCUCUCGUCGGUGAUGCAGCUCACACCCACGGCGGAUCCUUUGCAGCAGGGGGCUCACUCGCCAUUGACGAUGCAUAUGCCUUGUACCGCUCGCUCGAUCAUGUUUGGCCUCCUUCGUCAGCACAAAGUGGAAAGCCGACCAAGGCUCAGCUUGCACAAGUGUUUGAGCUAUACGAAGCCACUCGCAAACCGCAUCUGGAUAAGCUCUUGGGUAUCGUCCAUAAGAACAUUUCAGGGCAGAGGUCGAAUAUCGAGAGAGCGACUACGGAGACGGACGAUCAGUUAAGGCAGAGGGUGAAGGGAAGGAUGGACCCCUCGUGGAUUAGUGAGCAUGAUGUUGUUGCGGCAUUUGAACGGGCUGUUGAGAGGAUAGAAGGCCGGGAGACGACGGUGGAGGAACCUCGCGCAAGGUUGUGA